GGGAGCGGCAAAGAAGGAAGCGGACAUGGCGGCGGCGGCGCUGGGCAGCCGCUGCUCCUCUCGCUCUCGGAGGCCGCGCUCUUCCUCCUAGUCGGCCAUGGCGGGACCCCCGAGGCUGCGGCCGCUACCCUGGCUGCUCCCGGCCCUCUGCGUCUUCCUCUUAGCCGCCGCGGCGGCAGCAGAGCCCGAGAAGGAACGGGAGGCCCCGCCGCCGCUUCCUCAACAGGAGCAGCAGAAGCCCCCGCCGCCCCAACAGCAGCAGCUCCAGCAGCCUGAGGAGCGGAGGCCGGAGCUGGGCCGGGCAGAGAAAGGGCCCACCCCUGUUGCUCCAGUUCAUUCUGUUAGUGAAGAUUCUCCAGAGAAGACUAACCUAGGAUUUAUCCAUGCAUUUGUGGCUGCCAUAUCUGUCAUUAUUGUCUCGGAACUUGGUGAUAAGACUUUCUUUAUUGCAGCCAUCAUGGCAAUGCGUUACAACCGCUUAACAGUGCUGGCUGGGGCUAUGCUUGCCUUAGGGCUGAUGACAUGUUUAUCAGUUUUAUUUGGCUAUGCCACAACUGUGAUCCCCAGAGUAUACACCUACUAUGUAUCAACAGCACUCUUUGCCAUUUUUGGCAUCCGAAUGCUUCGAGAAGGCCUGAAGAUGAGUGCAGACGAGGGUCAGGAAGAGCUUGAAGAAGUUCAAGCAGAACUCAAGAAGAAAGAUGAAGAAUUGCAGAGAACAAAACUGUUAAAUGGGCCUGGAGAUGUGGAAACAGGAACAGGCCCAGCUAUACCUCAAAGGAAAUGGCUGCAUUUUAUUUCUCCAAUUUUUGUACAAGCUUUCACUUUGACAUUCUUAGCAGAAUGGGGUGAUCGUUCCCAGUUAACAACAAUAGUUCUGGCAGCAAGAGAGGAUCCCUAUGGUGUGGCAGUAGGUGGAACAGUUGGACAUAGUUUGUGUACUGGCCUGGCAGUGAUUGGAGGACGAAUGAUAGCACAAAAAAUCUCUGUUCGGACUGUGACAAUCAUAGGAGGCAUCGUUUUCUUAGCAUUUGCAUUUUCUGCACUAUUUAUAAGCCCAGAUGCUGGUUUUUAACAAGAGGUUUUUCCCCCCAUUACUGGAAAGACAGAAUUAGGAGCAACAAUUGUAUCCUUUCUCCCUGUAUAUAAUAAUGUACAGCUAUUUAGUCAAACAAGCACUGAAGAUGGGAUGCUGUAAUUUUAUAUUUGUUUCGGACACUUCAUGGACACAUUGUGUGCUGGAGAUGUACUUCCUCUAUAUAUUUGGAAUAUGAAAAAAUGUUUGCUCAGGUGAACUGAGACCCACCUCCUGAAAUGGGAUUUGCUACUUUAUCUACAUAUUGCCACUAGCCAUUGCUUACAGAUCCCCUUUUUGAAUGAAUUGCUGCUGCCUGUGGCUAGCAAUUAUGCCUUAUAAAGUGUCUGGUAUUAAGGAGAACAUUUUGCCUCUGACCUUGGAACCCAAGCACAUUAUCCCUUUAUCAGAAAUGAAAAUGGAGGUGUUUCGAACUGCUCUUCAGACUCUCAUACACAAAAAUUUGUAAAUAUUUAAAUUUGUAACUAAUGUGUGUGGGGGGAAAUCAGGUUAUUUUGGUAUAGAAUGUGCUAUUCAAAUACACAUACAUCUAGAUAUUUACCAGAUAUAUCUUUUGGUAUUUAUGCUAAAAUUUGGUUGCAUUUCCAGGCUAAAGUACUUAAGUUGUUUAUUGUUUUCCUUUAGUAUUAAAAAUAUGCUAUUUAAGAACAUAAAUUAGAUGUCAUCUAAUGUAAUAACUUUGUUAGCUUAAUUCAGAGGAAAAUACUGGGCAGUAAACCUACUGCUCAGUAUGUUUUUACUGUAUAAAAAAAGUUGCUUUUGUUUACCUUCAGUGUCUUUUGAGCAAAUUUUUGUUGAUUUUUGUUGUUGUGGAAAGGUUGCUAUUCCAUCUGCAUAACUUAAUUCAGUCCUCAAUUCAGUCUGACUGUUGCAGAUUUUGAAUAGUUUGUUGAAAAUAGACUAAAACCAGUAUUUUCAUGUACUAUAACUGCAGUAGUUCAAAUGCUAGAAGUAGUGUACACAUUUUAAAUCUGGAGUACAGCGGCACUAAGAAUCAACGCACCUUUCCAAAAGUAGUUUUCAUGAUCCUUUUAAUUAAACAGGGGUGUAAGCACACAUUUUACAACUCCUAGUUAAAAAGCCGGAUAAAGUAGCCAAAGAGAAAAUAUUACUGUAUGUAUAACUCAUCAGGAUGGAGAGAUUACUUGAAAAAUAAAUUUCUUUGUAAAGCUGA